CCUCGCCUCGCCGCCGCUGCGGCGGCUCCCCGCGGAGCGGGCCGGGCGGCCGUGCCGCCGCCGCGGGGCGGGACCGCCGCCUCGCCGCCUCUCCCCCCCCUCCCCCCCCCUGUCCGCCGAGGAUCCCGGCCACGCUCUCUUCCCUCCUGCUUCCUCACUGUGGUGGCUGGGCUAUUUCUCCCAUGACUCUCUGCGUCUAGACGUGGCUGUCCCGUGCCUUUGCCAAUCAAACCUGAACUUCCUCCUCUAACAGUGAAGAGAGGGGCUCCUGCCCUUCUGGGUCAGUUUUCUUCCCCUCACAUUGACACCGAGCCACCUCUGCUUGUGCCUCCCUGUGCCCUCCGCCCCUGCCCUGCCCAUCCUGGGCACCCAUCACCCAUGGACGACUCAGAAGUGGAGUCGACCGCCAGCAUCCUUGCCUCUGUCAAGGAGCAGGAGGCACAGUUCGAGAAGUUGACCCGGGCGCUGGAGGAGGAACGGCGCCAUGUCUCAGCCCAGCUGGAACGAGUCCGGGUCUCCCCACAGGACGCCAGCCCGGGCUUGGCCAACGGCACGCUCACCCGGCGGCACCAGAACGGCCGUUUCUUGGGCGAUGCUGACCUGGAAAGGCAGAAAUACCCAGAUCUGAAGCUCAACGGGCCACAGGACCACAGCCACCUCUUGUACAGCACAAUCCCCAGGAUGCAGGACCCGGGCCAGAUCGUGGAGGAGACGUACACCAUGGAGGAGGACCCAGAAGGGGCCAUGUCAGUUGUGUCUGUGGAGACAUCAGACGAUGGGACAACCCGGCGUACAGAGACCACGGUGAAGAAAGUGGUGAAGACAGUGACCACCCGGACGGUGCAGCAGGUGCCAGUGGGGCCUGAUGGGUUACCUUUGGAAACCUCCCCCGUCACCAGCAACUACGUCCAGACCAUGGACAGGAACUUCCGCAAGAAUGGCAAUGGGGGCCCUGGCGGCUACCUGAGCCAGCCAGGCACAGCCACCCUUCCUCGAAACUACCACUACCCCGACGGCUACGGCCGCCCCUAUGAGGACGGCUACCCGGGCAGUGAUCACAGCUACGGCAGCCUGUCCCGUGUCACCCGCAUUGAUGAGCGUUACCGCCCCUCCAUGGACACCUACCGGGCUCCCAGCCGUCAGGACAUCUAUGGCCCCCAGCCUCAAGUGCGUGUCGGGGGCAGCAACAUGGACCUCAACCAUUUCCACCCUGAGCCAUACGGCCUGGAGGAUGACCAACGCAGUGUGGGCUUUGAAGAUGUGGACUACGGGCUUAUGUCGGACUACGGCACAGCCAGGCGGGCAGGGACCCCGUCUGAUCCUCGGCGACGGCUCAGGAGCUAUGAAGACAUGCUGGUGGAUGAAGUGGCCCCCGACCGGUACUACUGGGCCCCUCUGGCUCAGCACGAGCGGGGUAGCUUGGCUAGUCUGGACAGCCUGCGGAAGGGAGGUCCGGCCCCGGGUAACUGGCGCCAGCCAGAGCUGCCGGAGGUAAUAGCCAUGCUGAGCUUCCGUCUGGAUGCCGUCAAGUCCAAUGCGGCCGCCUACCUGCAGCACCUCUGCUACCGUAAUGACAAGGUGAAGACAGAGGUGCGCAAGCUGAAGGGCAUUCCUGUGCUGGUGGGGUUGUUAGACCACCCCAAGAAAGAGGUUCACUAUGGUGCCUGUGGAGCCCUCAAGAACAUCUCUUUCGGCAAGGACCAAGACAAUAAGAUUGCCAUCAAGAACUGUGAUGGGGUACCUGCUCUGGUGCGCCUGUUGCGGAAGGCCCAUGACAUGGACCUCACGGAGGUCAUCACAGGAACACUGUGGAACCUGUCCUCGCACGACUCCAUCAAGAUGGCCAUUGUGGAUCAUGCACUACAUGCUCUGACUGAUGAGGUUGUCAUUCCCCGCUCAGGCUGGGAGCGGGAACCCAAUGAGGACUCGAAACCCCGCCAUAUCGAGUGGGAGUCAGUGCUCACCAACACUGCUGGCUGCCUUAGGAACGUGAGCUCAGAGCGGAGUGAGGCCCGUCGGAAGCUGCGGGAAUGUGAUGGGCUGGUGGAUGCCCUGAUCUACAUAGUCCAGUCUGAGAUUGGCCAGAAGGACUCGGACAGCAAGCUGGUGGAGAACUGUGUGUGUCUGCUGAGAAACUUGUCCUACCAAGUCCACCGUGAGAUCCCCCAUGCUGAGCGUUACCAGGAGACACCUCUGGCCCCGGCCAACAAUGCUGGGCCCCAUGCUGCGAGCUGCUUUGGUGCCAAGAAGGGCAAAGACGAAUGGUUCUCCAGAGGUAAAAAGCUCCCAGAAGACCCUGGUGCCGAUACAGUGGAUUUUCCCAAAAGAACAACUCCAGCCAAAGGCUACGAGCUCCUCUUCCAGCCAGAAGUGGUCCGGAUAUACAUCUCACUUCUAAAGGAAAGCAAGACUCCAGCCAUCCUAGAGGCUUCAGCAGGAGCCAUUCAGAACCUGUGCGCUGGCAGUUGGACGUAUGGUCGGUACAUCCGCUCAGCGCUGCGCCAGGAGAAGGGACUCUCUGCCAUUGCUGACCUCCUGACCCAUGACAGCGAGCGAGUGGUGAAAGCAGCGUCCGGAGCCCUGCGCAACCUGGCUGUCGACUUGCGUAACAAAGAGCUGAUAGGUAAACAUGCCAUCCCCAACCUAGUGAAGAACUUGCCUGGAGGUCAGCAGACCCCAGCCAAAAAUCUGUCUGAGGACACAGUGGUGUCAAUCCUCAACACCAUCAAUGAAGUAAUUGUAGACAACCUUGAGGCUGCCAAGAAGCUGCGGGAAACGCAGGGCAUUGAGAAGUUGGUGCUGAUCAACAAAUCUGGGAACCGCUCAGAGAGAGAAGUCCGAGCAGCUGCCCUCGUCUUGCAGACAGUCUGGGGAUAUAAAGAGCUGCGGAAGCCCCUUGAGAAGGAAGGCUGGAAGAAGUCAGAUUUCCAGGUGAACCUGAGCAAUGCCUCUCGGACCCAGGGAGGCAACUCAUUUGAUGACAGCACCUUGCCUCUCAUCGACAGGAACCAGAAAACAGACAAGAAAUCCUCCCGGGAGGAGAUCCAGAUGAGCAACAUGGGACCAGACAACUAUUCCACACUCAAUGAGAGGGACCACAGCAGGACACUGGACCGAUCUGGUGACCUUGGAGAUAUGGAGCCGGUGAAGGUAGCGCCAUUGAUGCAGGAGGAGGGGCAGGAAUCGCAGCCUGAGGUAGAGGAAGCAGAGGAGGAUGCUGCCGUGUUUUCCCCCGUGUCGGUAUGUCCCGCAGUGUUCUGCCCAAUCUGAACAGCGGUGACAGAUCCUGCUACGCUGUUAGGGGUGCUUUAACCAUCCAAAUUCUGCUCUGAUUGCUGCUGCCUGCAAUCGGUGCCUGAUCUACUGGGGCCAUGAUCACGCCUCCACUGCUCGCUUGCUCUCUGGGCGUGCUAACAUAUCUCCCUCUCUCUCCACAGCAGAAGAUCUAGCUGAUGUCCCUGCCUCCACUCAGUUUGGGUUGAUAAUAUAUUAUAUAUAUAAAUAUAUAUAUAUAUAUAACUCUUUGUGGUGGAAUGGACCGACUUUUACCUUGUCUUAUUUUUGGAUUUUUUUGCUGGACUGUUUGUGCCAACUAGCCAGCCAAAUGACUGGGCCUGGUCCCCCAGGGGCAGCCCAGACCACUCUGCCUCCUCUAGACUGCUGCACCUCCCCAUUCUGGGACAUCUCGACUGAUAACUCUUCCUCCCUGUCCUCCACCACCUCCUUCCUCCAGAGAGUAAAACCCUCCUGCCUGACUCUGCCAGAUUGACUGGCAUGGAUGCUGCAAAAGGACUCUGGAUCUCUGCCUUGACCAGGAACUGCCUUCUCUCCCACACCUUCCCUCUGCUUGGAGACAUCUGCAGGGACAGAGACUGGGACCUCACUCACCGCCUUUUUUGUUUUGUUUUGGGUUUUUUGUUUUGUUGCCUAUAGGAUAUAUUUUUGUGUGGGAUCACUCUCAACCAGGGCCAUGGGGACAAAGGGACUGUCCCUCCCUGGUGGUGGUGGGACCAGGGUGAGGGGGCGUUGGAGUCGUGGGGGGAUGAGGGGAAGGAAAAACAGCAAUAACUUCUCUUGCUUUGCUCUAGAUGAGGCUUCAGGGGCAUGGGAAGGGGGAUCUGGCUCUCUAUCCUGCAGAGGGGUCUGGAUGGGGCUGCUGGCUGCCGCUCAGUGACUGUGUGAGGUGGGAUCCUUAUGUGGGGAAGAUGGUCAGUGCGGGGGGCUUGGACUGGGUCUCCCUUUGGGGGAGGCAAUGGGUCCCUGUGGAAGGAGGAGAUGCAGCAAGGCUUUUGGGGAGAGGCAGGCUUCUUGGGGCAUACUGUGUGCCAGGUGUGAGGAGCAGGCGCUGGCAGGGCUGUAUGUAGGUAGAGCCAGGAUUCCCCCUCUCGCCCCUGUGCACCAGCUGCCUGCGGCGGUGCCCCUCUGACUUUCUCUUGACACGUGCCUUUCUUUUGCCACUGUGAAAUAGCUCUUUGAAUUGUACUGUCUGGCUUCUUAGCUGGGGAAGGGGUGUUUCCUGGGCUGCCGGCAGGGCUGAGCUCUUCCCUUCCCCUCCAGGAGCCUUAACUGUCUGCAGUGGGGCUGGAAGCCGGUUUUUUGGGGGGAUCCCAGCCCCCCUGCUCUCACUGAUGGGGUGCAGGGCUCUCAUCUGCAUCCUGUCCUAGGGAGAUUGGGCUGCCACAGGAGCUGGGACAAUACAAAUCCUCCUCCUCCUCCUCUCUGCUGUGGUGGUGGGGGGCACAUCUAAGUGCUGUGAUCUUUUGGAGAGCCCUUGGGCUCCUUGUGCAACUGGAAGCCUCUGUAGGAGGCUGCAAACUGGAGCAGGAGCCCUCCCCAGCCUGGGGCUCCCCACAAAGCGUGGGCUCACAUGGGGAGCAGGGAGGCUGCAGCAGGCAGAACUGGUGCCUUGCUCCUGCCUCCUCUGCCCAAAAGCACCUCCCAGCUCUGGCUGAGUCCUUUCUAGCUCCAGCCCCACCUCAGCUCGGUUUGGUUUUGUUCUGGGGUCUAACUCUUUUCUUUCCCUUUAAAUAUGUAAAACACUAAUUCCUUUUUUAAUUUUUAAUUCCAGAUGAACCAAAAAAAAAGCUCCCCUCUUCUCUUUUCCCCUGCCCUGGCUCUCCUGGGCCACCCCUGGCCCUGGCAGGGAGUGGGGCUAGGGAGGAGGGGAGCAGGGAACAGCCAGCCAUUCCUUGUCUGAUUCCUGUGCACACUCUUGUAACGCUUUUAAAACAAAAUGAUUUUUUUAUAUAAAUAAAGUUUUUAAAGUGUG